AUGAAGACAGGAAAUGAGACAUUGAGCACAGACUUCAUUCUCCUGGGCCUUUUCCCUGGAAUGAGACAUAUAGGCCUCCUUUUCUCUGUUGUCCUUCUCAUCUACAUCAUUGCCAUCACAGGAAACACCACCUUGAUCCUUCUCAUCUGGGCAGAUCCCUGCCUUCACACCUCCAUGUAUUUUCUGCUUAGCCAACUCUCCCUCAUGGACCUGGUUUUAAUCUCUAGCUUAGUCCCCAAAAUGGCAGUCAACUUUUUCUCAGGGAAGAGAGAGAUCUCCCUGAUUGGCUGUGGGGCACAGGUCUUCUUUACCUUGACUCUGGGGAUAGCUGAAUGUCUCCUCCUGACACUCAUGGCUUAUGACCGCUAUGUGGCUGUCUGUCAUCCUCUCAAAUACCCAAUCAUUAUCAGCCACCAGGCCUCCCAGCUGAUGGCUGUGGGGUCCUGGGUAGGAGGGGCUCUGGCAUCCUUGGUCCACACAGCAUAUGCCAUGCACUUUCCCUUCUGUGGCCCCCGAGAGCUCCACCACUUUUUUUGCGAGAUCAAAGCCAUCUUGAAGCUGUCCUGCGAGGACAUCUCUACCUAUGAGAAAGUGAUAGUAGUGACUGGAUUUGUUGUAAUUCUUCUUCCAGUAAGCCUCAUUCUGACCUCCUAUGCCCUCAUCUUCCUCCAGGUCCUGAAAAUGAACUCCCCUGAGGGCAGGAACAAGGCCCUGGCUACCUGCUCUUCCCAUCUGACUGUGGUCAUCUUUUACUAUGGCCCAGCCAUGAUGAUAUACAUGAGGCCUGGAUCUUCCCACACCCCUAUUCUGAACCAGGCUCUCUUUAUGUUUGACACCAUCCUCACCCCCAUGCUAAACCCCCUCAUUUAUAGCCUAAGGAACAGGGAAGUGGUGGGCUCAAUGAGGAAGAUUCUGGGGAAGAAGCCCAUUUCAAAGUAG